AUGAAGAGUGAAAAUGACACACUGGUGAGUGAAUUUCUUUUCCAAAGUUUCUCCAGCUUUCAUGAACACAAACUUACCCUCUUUGUGCUAUUUCUUACUUUGUACCUUUUAACCCUGAUUGGCAAUGUCAUCAUUGUGACAAUCAUCAGCAUUGAUCAUCACCUCCAUAUUCCCAUGUACUUCUUUCUUAGCAUGCUUUCCACUUCAGAGACUGUGUACACAUUAGUUAUUGUCCCACAGAUGCUUGCCAGCCUUGUAGGGUCAAGCCAAACCAUCUCCUUGGCUGGCUGUGCCACCCAGAUGUUCUUCUUUAUCACUCUGGCUAUCAACAACUGCUUUCUGCUCACAGCAAUGGGGUAUGACCGCUAUGUGGCCAUCUGUAAUCCUUUGAGGUACAUAGUCAUUAUGAACAAAAGGGUGUGUAUUCAGCUGGUGUGGGGGUCCUGUAGCAUCGGGCUGCUUGUUGCCAUCAUUCAGAUUUCAUCUGUGUUUAGGCUGCCAUUUUGUGAUAGGGAGGUGGCCCAUUAUUUCUGUGAUAUCCGUCCAGUUAUGAAGCUCUCCUGUGCUGAUACCAGUCUACAUGACCUAAUUAACUUCUUUAUCAGUUCACUGGUUAUUGUGGUGCCUAUGGGUUUGGUCUUCAUCUCCUAUAUCCUCAUCAUCUCCACCAUCCUCAAGAUUGCCUCUGCUGAGGGACGGAAAAAGGCAUUUGCAACUUGUGCCUCCCACCUCACUGUGGUUAUCAUCCACUAUGGCUGUGCCUCCAUUGCCUACCUCAAGCCAAAGUCAGAGAACACAAGGGAUCAGGACCAGCUGAUCUCAGUGACUUAUACCAUCUUUACCCCACUUCUUAACCCUGUGGUGUAUACCUUGAGGAAUAAGGAGGUCAAGGAUGCCCUUCACCGUGCUCUUAGCAAGAAAUCUCUUGCCUAG